UGCAGAAAAGUGCAUGGCAUAGGCAUUAGGCACUAAGAAUUUCCGUUGAUAGCACCAUCACGAAAGAUAGUACCGUUGAAUGUUGAUGCCAAACCCUAAGAAUUUCCCGCCAAUCCAACCCCGACUGUUAGCAUUCCCGCGCUAAUCUCAUUAAUCAAACCCCCCAAAUUACUCCCACUCUACUGCACUUUAACACUCAACCCGCGCUAACCAACAAAUAACAAAGCUAUACGUAGACCUUUACAAACACGCACAUUUUCCGAUGUCGAACUCGCGCCGGUCGAGCAACGGCCGAUCGCCGCUGGUGAAUCAACAACGACAGAUCACUUCAUUUUUCACCAAAUCACCUUCUUCCACGCCUUCCCCCUCUUCCAUUCUCCCCAAAUCGCAUUCCAAAUUGAACCCUAACCCUAACCCUAAAAUUACUUCUAAAUUGAGCCCUGCCUCUACUACUACUCCUUCACCUAGUCAGAGUAAACGGAGUAAGCCAGUACUGGUGAUUGGUCCCACUCAUUCUCCGAUUACGCCGCGGAGAUUGGUGGAUGAGGAUGCGGUUGGGAAGAGAGUCAAGGUUUAUUGGCCGUUGGAUAAGAUGUGGUAUGAAGGCUGUGUUAAGAGUUUUGAUAUGGAGAGUGGGAAGCAUUUGGUGCAGUAUGAGGAUUCGGAGGAGGAGCUUUUGGAUUUGUCGAAGGAGAAGGUUGAGUGGAUUGAGGAGGGGAGUGUUAAGAAGUUUCGGAGGUUGAGGAAAAUGUCGGUGGUGGAGGACGAGGAGGAGGAGAAGGUGGAGAGUGGUGGAGAUGGGGAUGAUUCAACGGAUGAGGAUUGGGGGAAGAAUGCGGAGAAAGAAGUUGUUGAGGAUGAGGAGGAGAGCAUGGAGCUGGAUGACGAGGAUGAGGAGGGAGGGAGUAGUGUGAAAAAGAUGCCGGUUAAGAAAUUUGAGUUUAAGAAACGGAAAAAUGGGGGAGUAGAUGAAGCGAGUUCGUGUAAAAAGAGCAGAAGUGGUGUGGAUGUUGGUAGAAACAAAUUGAUUAAUCAAAUUAAUAAUGAAAGUGGAAAGGGAUCUGUGCUUUCUGACAAGUGUCCGACGAGUGAUGCUGCAGAGAGGUUUGGUAUGCGAGAGAUGGAGAAGUUCAAGUUCCUUUCAGAGAAUCGCAGGGAUGCCAAUAAAAGACGUCCUGGAGAUGUAAAUUAUGAUCCAAAAACUUUAUACUUGCCUCCUCAGUUCCUGAAUAGUUUAACAGGAGGUCAGAAACAAUGGUGGGAGUUUAAAUCAAUGAAUAUGGACAAGGUCCUAUUUUUUAAGAUGGGCAAAUUUUAUGAGCUGUUUGAGAUGGACGCUCAUGUUGGUGCGAAAGAACUUGAUUUACAAUAUAUGAAGGGAGCUCAGCCUCAUUGUGGAUUUCCAGAGAAGAAUUUCUCAAUGUAUAUUGAAAAACUGGCUCAAAAGGGAUACCGGGUUCUUGUUGUGGAACAGACAGAAACUCCUGCACAGCUUGACCUUCGUCGCAAAGAGCAAGGUUCCAAAGAUAAGGUUGUUAAAAGAGAGAUAUGUGCAGUAGUCACUAAAGGAACAUUAACUGAGGGGGAAAUGCAGUUGGCAAAUCCUGAUGCUUCUUACAUAAUGGCGGUUGCUGAAUGCUGCCGAUCUUUCUCAAGCGAAGAAUGUCGAAUAUAUGGUGUUUGUGUGGUUGAUGUUGCUACAAGCAAAAUUCUUCUUGGACAGUUCGAGGAUGAUACAGAGUGCAGUGUUCUGAGCUGUUUACUGACUGAACUCAGGCCUGUUGAAAUAAUAAAACCUGCUAAGUUGCUUAGCCUAGAAACUGAGAGAGUACUUCAGAGGCAUACAAGAAAUCCUUUAGUAAAUGAGUUGGUCCCUCUCUCACAGUUCUGGGAUGCUGAAAGAACUGCCUGUGAAGUCAAGGAUAUCUACAAGCGUAUAAAUGGAUCACUUUCUCAUGCUACUGAUUCUUCUGGUAAAGAGAGGGACCUGAACUACCUACCGGAGGUUCUAUCUGAGCUUGUGGCUGCAGGUGAUAAAGGCAUGCAUGCACUCUCUGCUCUAGGAGGCACUAUUUUCUACCUGAAGCAGGCCUUUCUUGACGAGACUUUGCUUAGGUAUGCAACAUAUGAGGUGCUUCCAUGCUCAGGUGGCAGUGAUAUAUCACGAAAACCAUAUAUGAUUCUUGAUGCUGCUGCAUUGGAGAACCUAGAGAUAUUUGAAAACAGUAGAAACGGAGGUUCUUCAGGGACAUUGUACGCUCAGUUGAACCACUGUAUAACAGCAUUUGGAAAGAGGUUGCUAAAAACAUGGCUUGCACGACCUUUAUACCAAAUAGAUCUGAUCAAAGAACGCCAGGAUGCAGUUGCAGCCCUGAAGGCUAAUCUAUCUUCUGCAAUUGAAUUCCGCAAAGAAUUGUCGAGACUACCAGAUAUGGAACGGUUGCUGGCCCGCAUCUUUGCUGGAAGUGAAGCUUGCGGUAGGAAUGCAAAUAAAGUGGUUCUAUAUGAGGAUGCUUCAAAAAAACAACUUCAGGAGUUCAUAUCAGCUCUUCGUGGUUGUGAGUUGAUGAACCAUGCCUGCUUUAUACUUGGUGGCACUCUUGAAAACAUUAAUUUUGGGCCAUUACAUCACUUAUUAACACCUGGUAAAGGGCUUCCUAAUGUUCAAUCCAUCUUGAAGCAUUUUAAGAAUGCAUUCGAUUGGGUUGAUGCCAAUAAUUCAGGCCGUAUAAUACCUCGGGAGGGAGCCGAUGAGGAGUAUGAUUCUGCCUGCCAAGCAGUUCAAGGGAUUGAAUCCAAUUUGAACAAACAUCUGAAGGAACAGAGAAAAGUUCUUGGAGAUACAUCAAUAAAUUAUGUAACCAUAGGAAAAGACGCAUACCUUUUGGAAGUACCCGAAAGUUUGUCUAGUAGUGUUCCCCGAGAUUAUGAGUUACAAUCCUCCAAAAAGGGUGUUUCUCGGUACUGGACUCCGUCUAUUAAGAAAUUUAUAAGAGAGCUUUCUGAAGCUGAAUCUGAGAAAGACGCUAAGCUUAAAAGCAUUUUACAUAGGUUGAUAAUACGAUUUUGUGAGCAUCAUGAUAAAUGGAGGCAGUUGGUAUCUACUACUGCAGAACUUGACGUGUUAAUAAGUUUGGCAAUCGCAAGUGAUUACUACGAAGGACCGACCUGCCAACCAACUAUCACUGGAUUAUCUAAUUCAGAUGAAGUCCCACACCUUGCUGCUAGAAAUUUAGGGCAUCCUGUUCUCAGAAGUGAAUCUCUAGGCAAGGGUACCUUUGUCCCUAAUGAUGUAAAUAUUGGAGGUCCUGAUUGUGCGAGCUUCAUCCUGCUUACUGGUCCUAACAUGGGUGGAAAAUCAACCUUCCUACGCCAAGUCUGCCUGGCAGUAAUAUUAGCCCAAGUUGGAGCAUAUGUCCCUGCAGAAAGGUUUAAUAUGUCUCCUGUUGAUUGCAUUUAUGUUCGGAUGGGUGCAAAAGAUCACAUAAUGGCUGGCCAAAGUACAUUUUUAACAGAGCUCGUAGAAACCUCAUCAAUGCUGUCGUCUGCGACCCGCAAUUCACUUGUGGCUUUGGAUGAGCUUGGAAGAGGGACAUCAACUUCAGAUGGACAAGCCAUAGCUGAAUCAGUUCUUCAACAUUUUGUCAAUAAGGUACGCUGUCGAGGGAUGUUUUCUACUCACUAUCAUCGGUUAGCUCUAUCCAACCACAAUGAUCCAAAGGUCUCCCUUUGUCACAUGGCAUGCCAAGUAGGAGAAGUCCAAGGCCUGGAGGAGGUGACCUUUCUAUACAAGUUGACUCUUGGUGCAUGUCCUAAAAGUUACGGCGUCAAUGUUGCGAGGAUAGCUGGACUACCUGUCGCUGUACUAAAAAGAGCAGUGACCAAGUCACAAGAUUUUGAAGGAAUGUACGGUAAACAAGGAAAGCAGUUUGAUACUUCCAAUGGAAGUUGGGAAGAUAAUUUAUUAAUCUUUAUCCGGAAUUUGAUUAAUUUAUCGGCAGAGAAGAAUUGCAAUGAGGGUGGUGUAGCUAACACGUUAGGUGAGCUGCAGCAUAGAGCAAGGAUACUUCUGGAACAGAGUUAGAGUAUCCUCAGUCUCCUCUGGCAUCCUGAUAGCUGCAACGCCUCUUACCAUGACUGCCUAUAUGGCUAUAUACAUCUAUUCUGAUACUAAUAAAAACAUGUGUUUCAGUGGUUAAGGCGGGGAUGUAAUAGUGUAAAUAUAUUAUGUUCAUUUUGCAUUAGAGAAUUUUAGAGAACUGUUGUAAUUAAAAACUGGAACGACACUGCACUAAUCACCUUUUAGUGAAGGUGACACCACAUUUUGGUUUACAUGUAACGCAUUUAGGGAAGAAAAAUGUGAAAGAU